UUUUUUUUUUCUCUCAUUCCUUUUUUCGCAUUAAUGCUAUUUCGCCUUUUGCCAUGAUCUUCAUGUUUGUAUUCCUUUUUGGUUCUUCUUGUUUCUGUGAUGUUUUUUUUUGUUGGGUUUGUUGGGUGUAGUGAAGUUAGAAGUCUCAGGGGAGGACAUCUGCCAUUCUCACUUCCUUGUGACAACAACACCAACAAAGACGAGACCAAAAAUCUGUUUCAUGGUUUCUGGCAGCAACCAUUUUUGAAGAUUUCUCCAGUUUCAAACGUCCGCAACCUCAAAACAACAACUGUAACCAACACCCUACCAUUGCCCCUUCUCGGCAUGUCUUGGCUGGGUGAGAUUCCGAAACAGGAAACCCCUUCGCUUCAACCCUGGAAAAGUUCAAAGUUGCAUCGCGACAGCGCGUGGUAGGCAGGGUUGGCUAUGGCCGAGACUGACAGAGAUCUCUGGGCGUU